AUGACAACAGCGCAGUCGUCUGUCAUGAAGUCAACCGCCAAACCUCUCAAGUCAGCAGUACCAGGUGAGUAAUGGAGCCUAGAGAAAAUGGGAUUUCACAAACAAUAAAGAACAUAAAUAAGAAAAUCUUUCAAGUUUCAAACUCCUUCUACUUCUUCUAACAGAAAACCCAAUACCCCUUCUACUUCUUCUAACAGAAAACCCAAUACCCCUACUACUUCUUCUAACAGAAAACCCAAUACCCCUACUACUUCUUCUAACAGAAAACCCAAUACCCCUUCUACUUCUUCUAACAGAAAACCCAAUACCCCUACUACUUCUUCUAACAGAAAACCCAAUACCCCUACUACUUCUUCUGAGUAACAGAAAACCCAAUACCCCUUCUACUUCUUCUAACAGAAAACCCAAUACCCCUUCUACUUCUUCUAACAGAAAACCCAAUACCCCUACUACUUCUUCUAACAGAAAACCCAAUACCCCUACUACUUCUUCUGAGUAA